AUAAAAUAAUAUAAUAAACAUAUUAUAAUAUAUACAUAAUAUACAUUUUAUUUUAUAAGUGAAGGUUUCUUUCUUUCUUUCCGAAGGCGGAGAAUUUCUUCAAAAUGACAAAUUCUGACCCGGUAAGUUUAAAUUCUGUUACUGGAAAACAUUUGAACCGAAGCAAAUUUAAAACUAGUACACGGAAUGUAUAAUUGCCUGAAGACGUUCACAUCUCUUGUGUAGUGUGAAAUAGAAAUUUUCCACGACGUCGAACAACGUACACUUUAUCUUCAUUUGGAAACCGUUCAUGACGGAGCAAUGUUGUGUAAACUGUGUGAAAUUUUGAAUGAAAAUAUUCCACUUGCUGUAAGUAAACACUAAACACUUGUGAAGUUUGGCACACACAUAGUGGGCAUGCAUGCACUUAUUUUGCAAAUCAUCCGUGAAUAUAUAGAGCUGCUGCCGAUUAAUCGAUCGAUAUCUUUUUCAGCAAUCGAUUAUUUUUAUCAACAUAUAGUCUGUUGGACUGCAACGACAAAAUUCCAAAUUCACAACUCGCAGCGUGGGAAUGUUACUUGAAAACCGAAAAUACUUUCAUACAGAUUUAGACCGCCUAACGAGAUAUCUCGCUUCGACGAAUAUUUCUGUGUGUUCAUAUGAUUUUUUUAUCCCUCCUGCUGUCAGGAAUUCCAGUGUAAUUACAAUAAUUAUGGCUCUUGCAAAACACUCAUGCAACGCAAGUAUUUUAACAAUUUUGUUAUUUUAAACUGUUUUAUACGGAAUGAAAACAAUUGCUUUAGCAUUAUACCCUAUUUUUGUUGUUUUUUUCUUACAAAAACAUAAAACUAAAUAAAAACCGACAAAUAAAACGGCCAAUUCAGAAAUUUUGUUUGCUUGACUUCAUCCUUAUAGUUAUAAGCUGCUAAUUAUAAGUCGAUGGUCUCGGCUAGCACAACCGAGAUUGUGGCAAGUCUACCGAGAUCUCAGCAACGGGAUCCACCCGCUUCAAAUAAUUAAUACGAUGGAAAUUUUUAUGGUAAAAUAACUCUAUACUCUAUAGGAAGAUUCCAGGAAAGCGGAACGUCUCGGUGAUCGGGCCCAUACAGUUUCUUACUCUUUCCUCUUGUGCCUGAAAAAUGUUGUUGCCCAGAAUCAAAAUUGAGCGAAAUGUUUAAAUUUUUACGAUAUAUAAAUUGUCUAUAGAUUAUAUGCUAAUUGUUAUACUGAUAACAAUGGGUAACCUAUUGUAAAUUUAUCUUGAUGUAUUGCGAUUAAUACAUUGCGAACUGAUUGUUGAUCAUUAUUAAUCGAUUAUGAGCAGAUCGGUACAGCUGUAUUUGUAAGGCUUUCUUCGUGUAGUGUUAUGCUUUUACUGUAUUUUCAUAGGAGGCACACAAAGCAUGGCAACAUCAAGAAUAUCAAUAUGCAAAAGCUUUAUUGUUCAUGUUCUCUGUCUGUCAUAUCAUGGUGGUAAGAACUAAGAUGUCUGCUUAGAGAAAGAGUUAGAGUUUGCUAAUUCAAUUAGAGUUUGCUAAUUCCUAGAAUCUCUCUAUAACCCCUCUAAUAAAGUGUUCAACCCCACCAAAAUUUCGCUUCACCCCUCCUAUUUUGUGUACAAGGUUUUAAACCAAACGCCUAACCCCUACCCGAAGCUCACUGAGUGGUGCCGCUUGCACCCCACCAGAAAUUUUUAUACCCCUCCUUUUAAAUAAAUGAAAAUCCGCCCUUGGCUAAUCACACUUCCGGAAAGUGCUUUGCCUCCGAGUUGUAGACUCGAGUCAUGUGACUUGGACUCGAGUCGGAUUUGAGUGGCAAUAACGACUCGUGACGUAAUGACUUGCAGGACUCCAACAAAUUGACUUCUGGUGAAAAUUAACUUUUCUAGUGCAGCCAUGGGGAUUGGCAUAUGCCCAUGUAUGACUGUGAGCUUGUAAUGACUGUGAGCUUGUAAUACUGCAGUAUGACCGUGAGGUUGUAAUGUAUAUUAUAUAUGAUUGUCAUGGGUGACUCCCCAGUUCAUGGUAUACAGAACUGUACAGAAUUGCAACUUGACUUGGUCAGACAAAACGACUUGACUUGGAAUCCGAGACUAAAUGACUUAUCAAAAUAAGACUUGUUAACAACCCUGCUUUGUCUUGACUAUGGAACCUUGUUUUGUGACUGAGAUGUUGACUUUCGAACUAUCUGUGUUGCUACUGCGUGGUAGUGUAAUUAUGAUAUAAAAGACAGUUUGACAUUAUUAUAACUGCAUGUUUGGUUUUGGAAAAUGUGUCACAUGUUUCAAUCACGAAAACGAGGCUAUAUAGCCAAGGUGAUUUUCGGAAAGGUGUUUUACACUGUAUUUAAACAAUUCAAAGACAAUAAAAAAUUAACCGAAUUAGAAUGAAAGUACAUAAUUUACAUUUGACUUUUCGCACUGUAGUUGAUGCAUCCCACUCAAACGUUCGAUGUCAGCUACAUCAGAUUGUUUAAACUCGUUGCAAGUACAAGGUAUGGAGAAGCACCUGAGGCUAUAGUUUUUACACUGUCAAAGUUUCUAUGACCACAGUAAGAAUUUUGCAUAGGUAAGGAUUUGUAAGAAAUAUGUGAGGGAACUGUUAAACACUGAGUCAGUUCCCUCAAACAUCUCUUAUAAGUUAUAAAUCCUUAAAAACCUAUACCUAUACAAAAUUCCUACUGUGAUCACAGAAACUUUGAUAGUGUAAACCUGGCUUCAGUUGGGUACUUAAAAUGUCCAAACAUUCGGUGCUCUCGGUGAUUCAAACACCAAGCAUUAAAAUGUAAUUCACUGUAAUUUUUAGAUUACUAUACUGAGCCAAGAACUGAGGGGUGUGGAAGGAAUUCAUGAUAUUUGGAAACAAACUGGAAGACGUUGCAUUCCAAGACUUCUGUGCUCUUUUCAGCAAGUACGGAAUACCUUAAAAAUGUGCAAAGUGUCUUUUCUAUGACGUUUUAUCCAUCUAUUGUGGAAGCCAGCUUUUGCAGACAAUGUUAGCGUUGUAAAAUAAGUAAUAAUAAAUCUUCAUUGCCAAU